AUGAAAAUUAUAGAACCGAGCAACUGCAAUGUAAGUACCAUCAAUCAUUUGCCAAAUGGCAGGACUACGUUAGAGCCAGUGAAAGAGCAGGAAUCAUCCGAUAGGAAAGGGGAACAACACGUUGCGAGGAGGAAAUCUCUGCAUGUAAAGGUCAGUCGUGCACAAAGCGAGGGAGAAACCGAAACACUCCCCCAUUCUGCGCCCCCCGAACGGAACACCCACACCGAUGAAGAAAAUGAAAAAGAUAAAAAUAAGCCCCUUACUGAAGAGGGUAGAAUCAAACGUAUAGACAACGUACCAGGGGAUGAGUCCAUCCCCGUACCCCAUUUGAAAAAAAUAUACACGUUAACAGAAGGGGGUGAUUCUACUGUACAGCAUUCUGGAGGCCUUACUGAACUGGAGGAAGACAGUUUCGUAGGGGACCUCUCCAGUGAAAACUCCAGUGCCCUAUGCGAUAAGGCAAGAACAACCAAUUGUAGCUUUGGUGAAGAUAAGUUAAGUACCCAACAGACACCCCCCAUGGGAGAUGCCAACAAGGGUCAUGUUGAUACUGAAAAACGCCAACCAGAAGACUACCACCCAAGGAGGGACACCCCAAGAGACGGUUACAAUAAUGGAGACGGCGAGGAAGGUGAUAAACGUGCAUCCAUCCCCACAGAUGAAGCUACACCCAAAAACGAAAUUGAACAAUUAAAAGAAGAAAUAAAAAAGGAAGUCUACAACAGAUUAACCAUCGCACUAGAUAUCAAUAUGAAUUUAAAUGAAAAUGAAAAGUACUAUGACCUUUUUAAAAAAAAAAAAAAAUUUCAAAAAUAUAUUAUGAAUAGCUGCAAAUUUGUAAUAAUCCUUGGGAAGCACCUGAAGCUCUCCUUCUCUACCAUUUCAAUCGCCCUGUAUUACCUCCAUAAGUACUACGAAAAAAUUCUGAAGAGGAAGAAGAAUGCGUUGCCUUACUUGAUUGGGGGUGCUUGUAUAUUCUUAGCAUGGAAAAUGAGAGAGGACAUGGAAAAUCUGAAGAGGUCUAAAAAGCUCUACGACAUACCCAAGAUGAUUUUUAAGUUACUUAAUUAUUUUGACAAGAAAAAAAAAAUUAAAAAAAAAAUGAAGGAGCUACAGGUGCGCAUGUUCUUGAGUGGGUGCGCUGACCGGAAGUGGGAGGACCUGUCAGAUGAACACACUGUUCCGUCGACGGCAGGGAAUGCGGCAAAGGGUGAAGGGGAUGCCCGUCCUCCGGGAGAGGAAUCCCAAAGGGAUAAUCCCCCCCAAAAAGGGAAAAAAAAGCGAAAGCUCUCCCCCAAAGAGGACGAGAAGAGAUCCUCUACGGAAUCGACCGACAGGAGUAGCCUACACCGAGACCUGGCCCAAAUAAAGCGCAUAAUCAACACGGGCUACGUGUCUGAUGUGAAUAACAUAAGCCACGCUAGCGACUGCUUCAAUUCGUACCUCUCCGAGUGCAACAGCAGGGACGUCUCCGAGUAUGAGUUUGAAGGGGAGGAGGGCGACCUACAUGACGACAUACGCGACGGCCUACAUGACGGUCCACAUGACUACGCACGUGAGGACGCGCGUGAGGACCCGGAGGAGCCCCCCGCCCAAACGUACCUGACCCAGUUCCAACACCUGUGCAAGCGCGAAAAGCGAAAAAUUCACAUAUCGGCCUCCAAGUGGGUUCUAAACAAUUCAGGACAAAAACUGCAACUCAUGCAAAAGGUAAUAAUUUACUACGAAGGAGAAAUACUCAAAAGCAUUAACUACUUUUUAAAGCCAGAUAAAUGUUCCUUCCACCUACUACCAUCCUUCGUUGGGGCCUUCGUGAAUAUAAUGAAUGGUUACGUAUCGCAGGACGAGGUAGGCAGUCUGCAAAAAAUCGCCUCCCUGAGCAUCCUCGAUUAUUUCAAAACCCCCCUCUGCUUGGUUUUCACUUCGAACGAGAUCAUGGUGGCUUCCAUCCUGCGUGCGUACAUUUCGUUGAAGUGGAUCUGCGGCCAGCUCGACGUGCAGACUAUGUCCCUCCAGGAUUUUGAGAAAAAGGCGACCCGCUUCACGCAGUAUGUGAGCUCGAAGAACCCCAUCAGCAUAACCCGGGUGAAGAUAGCGUUGAGGGAAAUCAGGCUGUUCGGAGAAUGA